GCAGCGGGGAAAUCCGCCGUAAGGAGCGCGCGUGCGCGAAGACGUGUCGGUGCGUUAGGGCUUCGAGGUGCGCCGCCUACCGGGGAGUCGGCGCGGAACAGUUACGCUCUGGCCCCGAUGGGCAUUUAUUGAGCGCCCACAGAAUGCCCGCGCUGUACUGGGUGCCGCCACUUCGGCUAGCGCGCGGGGAAGCUCCGUCUCCAAGGGCCCGGUCUUACGCACGCCUGCAGCCGCCCGGGCCCGGGUCUCAGCGCCGGAUGGCGUGGGCGCUGCGGGGAGAGGGGCGCGCGGCGGGCCGGUAGGGGGCGCGGCGGGCCGGACCGGGCGGGGCCGGGCGGAGCGGGAACCGGACCCAGCGGCGCACACCCUCUGCGGUCCGCAGAUGACGGCGCCGGGCGCGGGGCCCGGGCCGGGGCCGCCACCGGGGCUGGAGGCGGCCCUGCAGAAGCUGGCGCUGCGGCGGAAGAAGGUGCUGAGCGCCGAGGAGAUGGAGCUGUUCGAGCUGGCGCAGGCGGCGGGCGGCGCCAUGGACCCCGACGUGUUCAAGAUCCUGGUGGACUUGCUGAAGCUAAACGUGGCGCCCCUCGCAGUCUUCCAGAUGCUCAAGUCCAUGUGCGCCGGGCAGAGGCUGGCGAGCGAGCCCCAGGACCCCGCGGCGGCGCCCCUGCCCACGCCCAGCGUGCCUGAGACCCGAGCAGUCUCCUUUCUCUCUGCCGAGAACUGUAUCCCCCCCGCAAGGCCCUCCUUUUCCUCGGCCCUGCAGCCUGCGGCCUCUCCAGUUCUGCUCCACGGCCCAGCUGCCUCGCACUCGCCUCUUUCUCCGGGGCCCCCCGGUUCCCUCCGGUUCUCUUGCUGCCUGUUCUCUCCUUUUGCAGGGAGAAACAAAGGCAGCGGUGCCCUUGGCGGAGGCCCGACGCUGCCAGAACGCGGUGUCCGGGAAGGAUCCAGCCAGAGGAUGCCCCGCCAGCCCAGCGCCACCAGGCUGCCCAAGGUGGGCGGGCCGGGGAAGAGCCCCACGCGGAGCAACACCUGAGCAAGAGGAUUUGCACGGGCCCACCGCAGGCCGCCAGCCUCUCAGACAGGCUGCUCCUCCUGUUGGUAAUAAACCUCUUUGAAAACCUGAGGGUCUGUUCAAGAUGUCUUCUGUUACCUUUUGAAUAUAUUAAGGCACAGAGAUUUAGAAUUAGUUCUGUGUGCUGGUCCUCGUCAUGCUUCAGCUGAACCAACCAAGUGACUUCAACCAGUGACCCCACCUCCCAGACCUCAUUUUUGAGCCUGUGAGAAAAUGUGCAUAUUACCAGGUCUUCUGCCUUUUCACUGAGGCCCUCCCAGGGCGCUCAGGUGCAGCAGGGGUUUGAGCACAGAAGGGCUGUGACCUAGAGCUUUUAACCCUCUGUGGGUCAUGCAUGCCACAGAGAAUCCAGUAAAACCCUUUCCCCCAAAAUGUCUUGACCUUCCACAUUUGCCCCAGUUUUACAGGUUUACAUGGACCUCAGGUUUUCAAACUCCAAUUCUAAGCUUUUAUACCUUAGUCCACUUGUCCCGUCAAUAAAGAAGCCUGAAAAAUGGCAAAUUCAAUUGAAAAACCUAA